AUGGAUGCUAAAGCUCUUCAAACGAUUAAUUUCUCGGGUUUUACCCGACCCGAAAAGUUUGUCGGUAGAACCGGAUUAUCUUUGACUCGAACCGGUAAACCGGAAAUGGUUCGGAUGCGUCGUCGCAAGAUUGCUUGUUCUUAUAACAACAUUCCAGCUUCGAUAUUGGAAUCAGGAGGCCAUAAGUAUCCCCUUGAGGAAGAGUUGAUUCUGAAGAAUAAAUCGCAACAGAUCCAGCCGUAUUUAAAUGGACGCUGUAUAUAUGUUGUUGGAAUGAUGGGUUCUGGGAAGACAACUGUGGGGAAGAUUAUGUCGCAAGCGCUUAGCUAUUCUUUUUGUGAUUGUGAUACAUUGAUUGAGGAAGAGGUUGAAGGAAACUCUGUAGCUGAUAUAUUCAAGCUCUACGGAGAAUCUUUCUUUCGUGAUAGGGAGACUGAGGCAUUGCGUAAGAUGUCCCUGAUGCAUAAAUUUGUCAUUUCUACUGGCGGAGGUGCUGUUUUGAGACCCAUCAAUUGGAAAUAUAUGCACAAGGGUGUCAGUGUUUGGUUGGACGUACCCGUGGAUGCAUUGGCUAAAAGAAUUGCAGCCGUGGGAACUAAUUCUCGCCCUCUUCUACAUGAUGAAGCAGGGGAUGCAUACACAGCGGCACUGAUGCGCUUGUCUUCUCUCUUUGAAGAAAGAGGUGAAUUCUAUGCCAAUGCUAAUGCCAGAGUCUCAUUAGAAAAUAUAGCAGCAAAACUGGGCCGAAGAGAUGCAUCUGAUUUGUCUCCAAGAGCUAUUGCAAUUGAGGCACUAGAGCAAGUUGGCAACUUCUUAAAGGCAGAAGAUGGUGGUUAUGCAAGAUAG